GCUCUUUCUCUCUCUUCACAUGCUGCAAUAUAUUUAUACACAACUCUUAUAGCUACUGGCCAAAGAUCAGAAAAACCAUCAGUGCCUUCACUAUGACAGAUCCUCACUCCAAUUUAUACGCUGGAACCUUCAACUUCAUGCCCCUUUAUUCUCACCGUUCUUCUUUCACUUCUCAACCAAACCAUUUCUCUUCCUAUUCAUACUCAAACAUAACUAACACCACCAACACCUUCUCCAAUAUUGUUCAAUCAGAAACCUCCUCUUCAUCUUGUGCAGCUCCUCCUUCUCCUCCUCUCAGAGAGGCCCUUCCUCUCAUAAGUCUCAUAAAGCACAAGGAGAAUGAACCCUCCAACGCUGGCUGCGAAGCUGAAGAGGAAGGGCACAAGAAAGGAGACAUGGAUGAGACCCUUUUGACUGAAGAUGGUGAUGAUGAAACUGUGGCAGUAGCACUGCACAUAGGUCUUCCUAGCGUGGAUUCUUCUGAUCUUCUGGGAUCGGGGAAGAUCUCAGCUUGUGCACAAAUGGGUGAGAAAGGGGAAGUGAGUGUGGUUUCUGGACACCCUUUGGAUAGAUUAAACAAGGUUCAGUAUUGGAUUCCCACCCCUUCCCAGAUUCUCAUUGGCCCUACUCAGUUUUUAUGUUCUGUGUGCUCCAAGAGUUUCAACAGAUAUAAUAAUCUUCAGAUGCAUAUGUGGGGACAUGGAUCUCAAUACAGAAAGGGGCCUGAUUCUCUAAAAGGAACACAACCAUCAGCAAUGCUAAGGCUUCCAUGUUUUUGUUGUGCACCAGGUUGCAAGCACAACAUUGACCACCCAAGAGCAAGGCCUCUGAAGGAUUUCAGAACCCUUCAAACACAUUACAAGAGAAAACAUGGUAUUAAACCCUACAUGUGCAGAAAAUGUGACAAAACAUUUGCAGUGAAGGGUGAUUGGCGGACACAUGAGAAGAACUGUGGCAAAAUAUGGUACUGUUUAUGUGGGUCUGAUUUCAAACACAAAAGAUCUCUAAAAGAUCACAUAAAGGCCUUUGGCCAUGGUCAUGGAGCUGUUGAUAUUGAUUGCAUGCAGGAAGAUGAAGCUGCAUCCGAAGUUGAACAUGAUGGAGAUAGCUCAAUGUGAAAUUAAUGAGAUGGAUAAAGAAAAUUUAAGUAACUUUUCAUGUAGUUAAUUUCACAUACAAAGCUUGCAAUACAAUGUAAAAUGUGUAUGUUUGUGUA